AUGGGGGUUAAAAUACCCUCCACUUCACCACUUUGCCCUCUGAUUUUCAGUUCUUUCCUAAUCCCUCUUUCCUACUCGUGCACGUUUACAGUAACGAACAACUGUCCCUAUACCAUAUGGCCUGGUACCCUAGCAGGUGCAGGCACCCCACCACUUGCAACUACCGGAUUCCGCUUGGAUUCCGGUCAGCGUUUGAGCAUUCCAGCUGUCCCAGGUUGGUCAGGUCGGAUAUGGGCAAGGACAGGUUGCACAUUUGAUGAGUCUGGAAACGGCACCUGUCAAACUGGGGACUGCGGGGGGAGGUUGGAAUGUAAUGGCAGUGGUGCUAUUCCACCUGCCUCGCUCUUUGAGAUAACCCUUGGGACAGGGAAUGUCGAAGAUUACUAUGAUGUCAGCCUCGUUGAUGGCUACAAUUUGCCUCUUGUUGUUGCACCUGUUGGAUUUCAUGGUGCUUGUAAUGCCACUGGCUGCGUUUCAGAUAUCAAUAUGGGUUGUCCAAAGGAACUUCAGGUGGUAGGCGAUGAUGGUGGAGGAGGAGGAGGAGUGGUUGCAUGUAAGAGUGCAUGUGAGGCCUUUGGGCUGGACCAGUACUGCUGCGGCGGAGAGUUUGCCAACCCAACCACAUGCCAGCCCUCCUUCUAUUCAACCAUUUUCAAGCGAGCUUGUCCGAGGGCUUAUAGCUAUGCUUUUGAUGAUGGCACCAGCACUUUCACUUGCAAGGCUUCCGAUUAUGCCAUCAUUUUCUGCCCCACUGCCAAAGGGAUCGAGACACCUGAUGGGGCAAACACAGCUGCUGUGAUGAUUCCCAAGCCUGGUAAUGGGGAGACAAUGAAGCUGGUUUCCGCCUCAAACAUUCUCCGACCUCUUCCACUGCUUUGCCUUCUUCUCAUCCUCUAUUUAACCUUAUCAACAUAG